AUGAACUUCACUCACGGGGACUACACAGUCGCAUGGAUAUGCGCAUUAUCUCUGGAACUGGAGACCGCAAAGUCUGUGUUAGACAAAGUUCACCUUCCUCUGCCUCCCGCAAAAUCCGACGACAAUAAUUACACACUUGGCGAAAUUGGUAAUCAUAAUGUGGCAGUGGCUUGUUUGCGAUCUGGUAUAUAUGGAAAGGUAUCCGCUUCAAUGGUAGUAUCGCAGAUGCGUUCCACCUUCCCAAAUAUUCGUUUUGGCUUGAUGGUUGGCAUUGGAGGUGGAGUUCCCAGUACUGGGUCUGACAUUCGCCUUGGUGAUGUUGUGAUCAGCAAGCCAACAGGCCGCUCAGGCGGUGUUAUCCAAUAUGAUUUUGGCAAAACUCACCGUGAUGGAGAAUCUUAA